AUGUUGGUCCUUGAGAUGAUAGGAGCAAGGAACAAAGAAAGAGCUGAUAAAAACUCUGCAUCAAACGCAAGCUCAAUGUACUUUCCUGAAUGGAUCUACAAGGAUCUUGAGGAAGGAGAGAAUGGAAGGAUUAACGGGAAUGGAGUGAACAGUGAAGAAGAAGAGAUAGCAAAGAAGAUGACAUUGGUGGGUUUGUGGUGUAUUCAGUUUUAUCCGUCAGACCGCCCACCGAUGAACAGAGUGGUAGAGAUGAUGGAAGGAAACUUGGAAGCUCUUGUAGUCCCUCCUAGGCCUGUUUUGAAAACUCUCCCAGCGCCUCUUCAGGAUUCCUCUACGCUUUCUGAGGAUAUUUCUGUUUACACAGAAGAAUGUUCCAUGAAUGGCUCAUAA